CAUCUGAUGUUGCUGAUAGUGGACACUCCGGUGUGAGACCAAAUAGGUUCAUGGCGGCCAAAAUGAACAACAUAAAGAGUCACAACACUCAGUAUGGCAGGAAAAAGAUGGUAGACCCAAUCCCUAACCCUCUGUUCUUACAGUGGCUUACUGAGUGGGCAGAUGAUGCUGAGGCAAAAGGACGUACCAAGCUGCAGUUCACGUUUCUGAAGGCAAUCAAGUCUCUGAAGAAGUAUCCGUUACCAUUGCAGUCUGGCAAGGAGGCAAAGAUCUUAGAUUUCGUUGGUGACAAAAUUUGCAAAAUGUUGGAUGACAAGCUUGCCAAGCACAUCCAGGAGCAUGGCCCUUUGCCAGAAGUUGUAGACACUCACCUUCCCAGCACUAGCAGGACUAACACAGGAAUAAUAGCGGGUUCCCUGUCUGUUCCCCCUCCCCCUGGUGGUAAUGACAACAGCCAAGGUUCCAGUGGAGAACCAAGACCAAAGAAGAGAAAGAAAGCUGUUGCCGCAAAGGAGUAUGUGCCAGCCUUCAGGUCUGGGCCAUAUGCGCUUCUGGUGACUCUCUAUAGGAACAUGCAGAAUCCCAACAGCAGAGGGUUCAUGGGGAGGGCAGAGCUGCAGAGGGAGGCCCAACCUCUGUCUGACAAGUCAUUUACCCUGCCAGACCCAGGCAGCCACUAUACAGCAUGGUCUUCUAUGGGUGGACUUGUAAAGAAGGGACUGGUCAUCAAGGAUAGCAACCCUGCCAAAUAUUACAUCACAGACACAGGAAGUGAGCUAGCCCAUAAGUUAGAGCUGAUUGGUGAGCAGGGAGUGAGUGGUUCCAGCCCACAGGAUGACAGUGAGGACAUGACCUUUACCCUGACAGGACCUGGGAAUUCUGCACUAACAGCUGGGCUUAAUGCUGGCAGGGCAGAGAGUUAUAUAGAUGUGGCAUCUUUGCCAGCUAUGGAUGUUAGUCCCAGCCUAAGGAGAGAUGUUGGGCAAGCUGCUAGAGAUGCUGUUGUGUCUGAGAUGGAAACUGAUGAUUCACAAGGAAGUAUCACAAGUAGAUCUAAAGAUGACAGGAAACCUAGGCAGCCCCUGUUCACCCUCUCACCAGGUGAAUUUGAGGUGGUGUUGUGUGUGGACACUAAGGAGACCACAGGAGGUGCUGCAGGUAGCAGGAAGGAUAACCUGGUCCCAGAGCUGCAGAAGAACCGGGUGAGAUGUGACGUGAGGAAUCUGCACGUGGGAGACUUCCUCUGGGUGGCGAGGGAGAAUGUCAAACCUCUGCCAGGUCAACUCCAUCCACCCCUGCCCAGAGAGCUGGUCCUGGACUAUGUGGUGGAGCGGAAGAGAAUGGAUGAUCUUGCGAGUAGUGUCAAGGGUAGCCGAUUCAAAGAGCAAAAGUUCCGACUGAAGAUGAGCGGACUGCGAAAACCCAUCUACCUGGUGGAAGACUUUGGCUCAUCUGCAGCACACUUCUGUCUUCCUGAAGCUACUCUACAACAGGCAAUAGUUAACACUCAGGUGAAUGAUGGUUUCUUUGUGAAGAGGACAGCAGACAUGAAGGAGUCAGUCACCUAUCUCACAGUGAUGACUAAUUACCUGCACAGCCACUAUGCUGGGAAGACCCUUGAAGGCUACAGCCGAGACGAUUUACAGGAUCAGUCCUCAGACCUGAACCUUGAUGCCAGUGUGAUCAAACUGCUGACUUUUCCAGAAUUCAAUGAGACAUCAGUAAAGAACAAGGUGAUCUCUGUGAAGGAGAUGUUUGCCAAGCAGCUGAUGCAGUUCCAUGGCAUGUCCAAGGAGAAGGUGGCAGCAGUUGUCAGCACAUACCCUACUCCUGUGGCCCUUCUGCAGUCCUACUACAGCUGUGGCUCAGCUGCUGAGAAAGAGAAGAUGCUGGCACCUCUUAAGUAUGGACCCACAAAAAGCAGGAAUCUUGGACCAGCGCUCAGCAAAGCAGUGUUUCAGCUAUACUGUUCCACUUCAAAACUACAGUGACUUCUACAGUUCAGCAGAACGAGACAGUUGUGGUAACAUAACAACCAUUACUUCAUGCCCAUGUUGCCAUACAGGUAACCGUAGGCCAGUCCAAAUAUCUGAGACAUCUAAAUCAUAUCAUAAUCAGAACGUAACAUAGUUGAAGCUGAUAAAUGGGGCAAUGCAACUCAUUUUUUCCCCAUUUUCAUUUCACUCUAAUAUUUGUAUCUUUGUAAAAAAAACUGAUGACAAAAGGGCCUAGGAAAUAAGGUAAAAGAGAUAGAUGUAUUCCAUGCCUUUUAAAGGCAGUACCGAACUCUAAAUACUAUCACAAGUGUUCAGCAGAAGAG